ACUGACCCAUGGGGAUGGAUGUUAUCCUUGAACACCUCUGUCUGUAGGACGGGGAGGAGGCAUGCAACACAUUUGAAUAGGAGAACCAAAAACACCAGCUGCGAGCGAGCGCGCGGUCACGUGUCGAGAGGAGGAACCACAGCAGAAGCAGUCGACACGGCGCCACUCGCCCUCCGCUCCCGUCCGGGAAGCAGCGACCCGGCUCCGGCUUCUACCCGCACCCAUGGUGCUUCUCCGGCACAUCUCGGUGGCGCUGACCGCCGCCAUGGUCACGCUGGGUUCGGCCAUCUUCAUCGCCCUCAACUACUUCUACCCGAGGCGAACGUGGUCACCGCACGCACAAUAUGCCACCAUCAAGGAAGAGAAAGAGGACCCCAGGAAGCGUCAGGUGCUGGUGCUCGGCUUGGACGGAGCCGGCAAGAGCAGCGUGCUCCAGGGCCUGACACCCGGGGGGGCCAAGAGGGGCCGCUGCCGGCCCACCCGAGGCUUCAACUUCAUCAGCCUCAGCGCGCCCGCUUGUCAGCUGGACUUUCUGGAGAUUGGCGGCGGUGAGGACCUGCGCCCUUACUGGUUAGAGUAUCUGAUCAGAACUCACGUGCUGGUCUAUGUGGUGGACUCGUCUGAUCGCGGCCGCCUCCCGCUGGCCAAGUUGGAGCUGCACCGCCUCCUGCGGGUGCAACCCCAGCUGCCCGUGGUGGUCCUGGGGAACAAACAGGUCAGAAUCAAAAGUUCCUGCAAAGUGAAAAUAAAGUUGCACGGAUGGUGUGAUCGUGCCCGUGUUUGUGUCUCCUACCAGGAUAAACCUGACGCGGUGAGCGUGUCCGAGCUCCACGAGGCCUUGUCUCUGGGCUCAGUGGUGGAGGAUAGGAAGCUGUUCCUCCUGGCCGCCCAGCUGGGCUCCGACAGCGCCCUGAGGAACUCCUGCAGAGGCCUGGACACCUUCCAGGACCUCCUGCUACAGCUUGUGUGAUGGGGGGAGGGAAAGGGGCGGAAGAGGACCGCUUCGGCAACUGUUUUAAAGGAGAAAGACGAGCGAAGGGCGGCAGCGUGUACAUAAAAACAUUUGUAAUCCUCGUCUGCUCACAUCGCGCGUAUUUUUGCGCUGGCUUGUUUCGGCACGUCGCAGAAACAAAGACGAGACUAUGCACGAGGAUGCGUGACCCGUCUAAAAAGUCAGCCGAGUAAAGUUUUAUUUUUGGCUGCCCGUGUCUGUAAAAUGAAGCUUGGAACUUUGGGGAAUUUACAAGGAAAAUGAGAGCCUAUUUGUGUCCUUCGUGACUAAGAAAAGAGAAUUUUAGGUCAAGGGGGGAGAAAAAAAAAAAAAAAAACUAAAUCCAAAUAUAAACCCACGCACAGAGAGAACAUGCAAACUUCACACAGGAGAUUUUUCGGGCCAGGCCGAUUAAUCAACUGGCCGGAAUUUUGGUCUUAACACAGUAAAAAUCAACCAACUUUUUUGACUUGUUUUCUUUUUAUUUUUACAUAUGACACAUUGCAACAUAAGACAAAGAUAAUGACAUUUAAAUAAUGUUCCAUAAAACACUGUACGUCGUCUACUUUACAUCAGUUAAGCAGUUGGAAAAUGUUUCAGGUUAGAGCAUGGAAUAAAGACAAAAACAAAAAAAAGAUUCCCAGCAUCUGGUCACUCAUGAAUAUCAAAUAGCGCCCCUCAGCCAACAGCUAUUAAUGGUUGGCCGACGACUCUCAAUUAGGAGGCCCCCCCCCCUUUUUUUUGUUAACAUAAUGUAAUGUUUUAUUCUCUUUGAUGUGCUGUAGUUGUAGAAUUGUAUUCAUUUAAUGGAGUCCGAUUUUCAUGACUGGAGAAAGAGGCUCGGCCGGUUUUAUGCAAACUGCUUUCCACGUGCGCAUGCCACGAUGCAAUUUACAUGUGGGGAAAAUUAAUAAUUAAAAAAAAAAACAUUCAGUAUAUUGCCCUUUUGCUUUGUUCUAAUACAUAUGCAACAGUGUGGCGCCAAUGUUGUUCUCUCCAAAAACGGUUAUAUAAGCUAUUAGCCAAUGUUUUCAUGAUAGCAUUUAUUGGCUGUAUGGGGAAACUAUUUUAAUCAGAUGCAAACAUCAAAACACACUUUCCAUUU